AUGCCCCGGCCGCCGGUACGCCCCGAAGACCGAAAAAGGUCCACCAGGGCCUGCACGGCGUGCCGAGCGACCAAGAAGCGAUGCGACGCAGCCCAGCCAUGUCGACCAUGCGUCAAACGCGGAGUAGGCUCGUCCUGCACCUAUUCUCAACAUGUCAGGGCUCGUCGCGCACCGCCGAAUCAAUCUUCGGCCGCUUCAGGGACUCGGCAGCGUGAUCAGGUGUCCCCUUUACUCUUUCAACGGCAAGAAUCAUCUUUGCAAGAUGAGAACGAGACCGCAGCCUCGUCAACGUCCGGCAAGACGGUCACGCCGCCUGGUCCGCGCCCGGUGAUGAUGUACACCUGUAGUGGAGAAAAAGUAUUCGUCGGAAAUGCGUCAGCCAUUGCGUUCUUACAAUACCUGCGAGGAAGCUUGCGUAUCCUUGGUCCAGGGUUCACGAUUAGUCAGGGAUGUCACCGCAUGUUCGAGGCACAAGUUCCUGUGCAGCAGACCGAUGACUUCUCAGAUGACAUUGAAAACGCUGAGAGAAAAACCCUGGUUCAACGCUACCUUGACGCCUCUAGUGGACUCCUUGAUUUGUUCGAUGAAUCAAAUAUCGAAGAACUUAUCAUUCUGGCCCAGGAACCGUGUACGGAGUCUCAAAGGUCCAACUCUACUUUCAAUUCAGGGAGGCUUCUGUGCCUCUACAUGAUGGUUGCGAUUGGUGCCCAAUGUCGUGGUCAGAUAGGAGAUGCACCCAAAGCUUUUCGUUACUUCUCAGAAGCACGCAAGCUGUCGUUCGAAGGAAUGUUGAGCGAUCCCACACUGAACACCGCUCGCGGCUUUGUGUUAAUGGCCUUCUAUAUGUUUGGCGCUUGUCGUCGCAACUCUGCGUUUAUGUACCUUGGGGUUGCCACAAAGGCGGCGUCGGUUAUGGGCUUGCACAUGGCAGAGCAGUUUCAGUCUCUUUCGGAGAGCGAGCGAAGUCUGAGGUCUCGGGUCGAUAAGAGCAUACGACUUUUUGACGUUGUGUGUAGCUCAAUCCUCGGAAGACCAACAAGUGUAGCACCUUGCCGACUGAGAAGAAGCGUAAAGCUUCAUGAGAACCGACAUCGAAAUCUGUCAGUAGACGCGGCAUGCACAUUUGCCACAAUUCUGAACAGGAUCGUCGACACUCUAACCGAAGAAUCUGAGUUGGGCAUGAUCAGAGCACAACAAUUCCUCGAUGAAAUUAGACAUUGGAGUAAGGACCUGCCAACAGCUUUGCGCCAACGUCCAAAGAGAGGAACCGCCCACUCUCAUCAUUCUCAAAACCGAGAGAUAGCUAUUGGAAAUAUCCACGUCGCAUGUACCUACUACUUUGGCAUUAUCCUGACAACUCGCGAGUUUUUAAUCCACCAUAUCAUGCCGCGAAUCAACAAAGACACGUCACUCAUGGACGACCACGAUGAUGAAGGAGGGGGAGAAGAUGAGAAGAGUGUUGCUGAACUAUCUGAUGCCUGUGUGGAUGCUGCUGUGUUCAUGGCCGAGAUGUGUGCUGACGCUCUGGACUCGCGCACAAUCAUGGGCAACAUGUGUAUACUGAAGUAA